AUCGGUGACUUCUCUUGCUGUCUGAUGGUCAGCAAACUGGGUUUUUACGAAGAUCACGCCAUGGCUUCAGCAUCACAUGCGUUCUGUGCCACCUUGCAAUCACCGCAGACGUCACAAGGCUAAGCAAACAAAAUGAUAUGACUUCCCAUGUCAAGACCUGGGGACGUUCCCGCAAGGCUGAAACAUGCCUCUACUCCGCAGUCUCCUCUCCCGACAUACAGACAGCGAGGGCAAGUUGAGUGCGAAGCUGCCAAAGUCGCCAAAGUCGCCCAAAUCCCCCAAGUCUCCAAAAUCUCCCAGGUCUCCUAAGUCUCCUAGACCCUUGACGUUCACGGAACGGAAUCCUGACUAUCUCAACCAAUGCGUGGGCUGCAACAAGGUCGAGGACCUGAUAAGGUGGAACAUUGAACAGCAGAAGAAUGGCGGAGACAGAGUGCCGUGGACUCUCUUACACAACAGCUUCGAUGAGCUAGACAAAUGCGCCACCAAGUGCGAGAUCUGCCGCGUGUUCCGACAAUCACUUCUCCUGGAGGAAGUCACUUUUGACGGGGUAAAGAAAAUCCAAGACGCGCAAGGCGAGGUGAUUGUGCGCUGGCAAGAGACGACUGCUACAGACGGCGCACCCAGCACCUUCUUGACAGUAGAGGUCGAAGACGGGCCCGGACGUGCUGGAGUGGUGAAUUGCAACAGUCAAAGUGAAGUUGCACACCUUGCGCUACACGCCGAUGGUCGCGAAACAGCUGUGAUUGAGCAGGCCAAGGAAUGGAUGAAUGUUUGCCUCAACAACCACAUCGGACAGUGCGACAACUUGAAGUUUAGCAGCGAGAGUCCCCAGCUGCUGAUCGAGAUUCUUUCGCCCGAAUCCAUACGGCUAUGCGAGAACCAGUCGAGCGAAUAUGUAGCACUGAGUUAUUGCUGGGGUAAUCCACAAACCCUAUCACAAGCUGAACUGGAUGAGGUGGAGCGAGGAAAGACUUUUACAACGAAUCUGGAUCGCCGUCAUCAGCCAUUUCGCAUUGACGACCUCCCUACCACUGUGCGCGAUGCGCUUUACAUUGUUCAUGCGAUGGGUAUCCGCUAUGCCUGGAUCGAUACUCUGUGUAUCGUUCAGGACAAACCCGAAGGCGUGGCCACAAUGCACAAGGUCUAUUCCAAUGCGCUCUUCACGUUAUGUGCCUGCGCUACAACUCGGGCCACGGCAAAGUUGCUCGACCGGCGCGAGGCAUGGACCCAAAGGACAGAGCCAUGUCGACUCGGCGGACAAUGGCUGACGACAUCGGACAUGUCUUUGAAUGAGUUGCGCUUGAGGUCGCCGCUCGCAGAACGCGCUUGGACACUUCAAGAGGAAAGGUUGAGCCCUCGAAUGCUGUACGUUUCUAGCAGCAGGUUUCAUUGGUCUUGUGCCAGGAGCCAUGAGAUGGAACUGAAGCCCACAUACGAACAAAAAGUCACCAAGCUGCACAGACCAGUGUACGCGGCAUCAGACCGCAAUACCCAGAUGCCGGUAGCGCAGGAGUUCCUGCUGGCCUGUCAUUCUGGCACAAGCGACCUACACGCGUUCUGGGCGGACAUUGUGAAGUCGUAUGCGUUGCGAAACAUGACUAAUUUGAAAGAUCGAUUGACGGCCUUGUCUGGUCUGGCCGCAAAGUAUCUAAGUGCGAGUAGCCUUGACGAAUAUCUGGCCGGUAUUUGGGCGAAAAAUCUGCCAGAAGGACUCGUGUGGAAAGUAGAACAAGCGGUCGAUAUUGAUGGCAACAAAGUCGAUCCCAUGGCACCAAAGUGGCCGUCAUGGUCAUGGGCUGCGCUUCCGCUGCACACUGCGAUUGGAACGGAUGCCAAAAGUGCACGAUCGGCCUCUUUCCAAAGAAUUGCUGAUGACGACAUCAGAACGCCGGGAGUUCGAGUUGACGUGGAGAAUGCUGUCAAACAGGGAGAACAUACCAAGGAGAUUUGCGUGACAGGUCGCAUGCGCGCACUAUGGAAGCCGUCUUCUUGCCGCAUUGACUGGUCGAGUGUCAGCAGGGUAGUGGAAGGGGAGGAAAGGUUCACUUUUGCGACUAAUCCCGAACAGGACAUGCAUGCCAUACAAUCUGUAUCUGGUCGCGUUCUGGUGUACGAGGAUCGAAAAAAAGAAGUUGUCGGUCAGCUUGACUUUCUGCAUGACGUCAGAAGAGUGCAAUCGGGUCAGGUGGAGUUGUUGGCUCUUGAGAUAGGGGAAACAACUAUGCUCUUGUUGGAGAACUGUGGCGAGGGGAUUUACCGGCGGGUUGGAGCUGCAUGGGACGUUCGUAAGGACUUCGUUGCAUUUGCGGUAUGCGAGGUCUUAAUUUUGCGAUAGAUAGGAAUAUCUAUGCUUCGUCAGAACUGAGCUCAAUGUCCCCUAUUGACACUAUUUCCACACUUGGGAACAAUCAAGUAUACUUGCA